UGGAGUUGACGUCGGUUCUUGACUUCAAGCUCAUUGUCUUUCUUUGAUGCCACCUCUAUUUCUAGGGUUCAUUCCCGUUUCAGAAAAGAAAUUCCAGGGUUUUUACUAUAAAGUAUAAACCACGCACUCUGUUAUGAUAUGCUUUCAACUCAAUCUCACUCUGUAAUUCAAGGUUUCAUUUCUCUUCUCUUCCAUUUCUUAAUUUUGGGGUUUCUUCGCUCUUCUCUCUCUGUAACAAUUCUCAUGUCGUAGACUCUUUCUUUAGUGUGAAGCUCUGAUACUUUUUUGGAAUGGAAAUAUGAAAAUUCGCCAUUGAAUUUUAGUUUCCUCCUCACUAUUUGAUUAACCUUGGGUUUCUACUUUCUAUGUUACAAGAGUCGGAUAUCUCAUUUCUCUCUCUCUUUGAUGAAAACGGAGUAUCUGUGAGGAAAAGGCUGGAAUCUUACUCAGAGCUUCAAUGGAGUUCCAUUUUUAGGGCUAUCGGCCUUCCUCUUCAUACAAAAUCCUGUUGUUUUCUAUGUCUCUGUAUCUGUAACAAACUCAGGGUUUUCUCACAUUGAGUAAAGAUCAGAUCAUCCUCAUGGAUUCAGUCAAGGUUCUAAAUUUCAGAAUUCUCAGCUUUCCUCUCUGUAAAAGUUCUAGGGAAUCUGCUUCGUUUCAGGGAAGGUUCCUUACAGUUGCUCUUUUUCUUUGCCUGUUUUUCACUGUAACAUCUUCCUUUGAUCAAAACCUUUACAGUGAGCAUUGCAAAUCCUUACUCCCAUCAUCCGAACCACAUACCGAAUCAUUUUACCCCUCCUUUUCCCUUGACAUGAAUGAAGGAAUCUAUAUUGGAGGAGGAAAAAUUUUAGGGCAUGUUCCAUCAUCGUCCAUUGGAAACUGGGUCUCUUUCAGAGUCCACAGAUAUCAAAAUACAAGUGUAGAUGAUGUGAUAAAAAUCACUGGAAAUCUAAAAAUCCGAGGCUCUAAAAGCUACAAUUCGAGUUUUAGCAGAGGCCCUCACUUCCAUACCAGGUCCCCAAGGAAUAUUAGUCGGAGAGGCUUAUUAAACUUCGACCUCUCGGGGUUCUAUUCUCGCUCUUCAAAGACACUGUGCAUGAUUGGAUAUGGAUCUCCAUUAUUCGGAGGUAAAGAACUCCAUUUUUCAUCUGUGUUUAAGCUGAAUUAUCCAAAGAAUUGCACCGUCCUAAAUAGUUUUGUUAAUGGUUCAUUAGAGAUCAUGCAAAACAAAGAUUGGGUUAAAUAUUCGGAAUUGGUUUCUGUCCUUGCAAUUUCUUGUGGGGAAUCUGAUUAUGCAUAUACAAUGCUUGUGAAUGCUAAAGCCAUGUGCCCUGAAAAGAAACUAUAUGAGAUGCCUUUGUCUGAGGUGCACAUCCUUAACGAACCAAGUAUUUGUAGUUAUUUGUCUUGGGGUAUACAUGAUCUUCAAUUGGAAUAUGAUCCAGAUUGCAAAUCUGGGAGAUGUAGUCCUUUUGAUAGUCUAGGGUUUCUUCCGGAGCGAAUACGUUUUAAGAGCUUACAAUGCAGAGAAAGGGAAAGGGCCCAAUUUCUGUUUGGGUUUUCCAAUUACAGUGAUUUCGAUUAUUUCAAUACUCAUUAUCUGGUUCCAGAAACAACUUUACUUGGGGAGGGGAUGUGGGAUGCAAUGAAUGACCAGUUUUGCAUGGUUGGUUGCCGCCUGAUUAAUUAUAAUGGUUCUUUAGGAAAUGCAGCAAUGUGGGAUUGCUCCAUGGGUUUAAAAUUACAGUUCCCUACAACGUUGACUGUGAGGAAUAGGAAUGUUGUUCAGGGUCAUAUAUGGAGUAACAAUUCUGGGUAUUUCAAAAGCAUUAGAUUUUCAAAGCCCUUGGAUCCAAGGGGACUGAGAAUGUCAGGCAGAUGGAGUCAAAACUAUUCGUACACUGAGAUAGAACAUGUGAGAGAAUCAUGCAAGGCUCAUAAGGAGGGUCAUAAGAGCAUGGGAAGAAGGUAUCCCGAUGGUUCAUCUUUUCAAGACUUGAGAUUCGAUGCAACCAUAAAAAACUCUCAUGGAGAGCACAAUUGGGUAUAUUUCACUCCCUUAUUCCUUGGGGAGUCAAACCUUCAGCGCCCAAUGUAUGCUCUUCCUGAUGCAAGUGAAAUUCAUACUUCCAAGUCCAAUUACAGUCUGAACCAGCUGAAUGUGAGCUAUAGCAUUAGCUUUGCCAUGUCCCCUGAAUUCAGAUGGAAAGACUCAGAGUUUGUAGAAAUAGCAGCCGAAGGCAUAUAUGACCCUCAAACUGGAAUUUUGUGCAUGAUGGGCUGUCGUAAGUUGGGACCAGAGAAUGGUAAUUUGAAAAAUAUCAGCAUGGACUGUGAGAUUUACAUCCAUGUGCAAUUUUCUCCUUUGAAUCCUAAACUGGCCUCAGUCGAGCAUCGCAGUGGCACCAUAAAAAGCACAAGGAAAAAGAAGGAUCCUCUUUAUUUUGAGCCAUUAGAGCUGUCUUCGAGAAAUUUGUACCAUGAGCUGGCAAAGGAAUCAGUAUGGAGAAAGCAUUUGGAAGUCAUCAUGGUUCUGAUGUCUCUCUCGCUUGCAUCAAUAUUCAUAGUGUUGCAACUCUUAUAUGUUAAGAAGCACCCUGAUGUGCUUCCCUUUGCAUCAGUGUUGGUGCUCACAGUGCUUACUUUAGGGCACAUGAUCCCUCUGGUUCUGAACUUUGAAGCUUUCUUCUUGAACCCAAAUCGACAAAAUGUACUUAACUGGCGUGGUGGGUGGCUUGAAGUGAAUGAAGUGGUAGUCAGGCUCAUAACCAUGGUCGCAUUUCUCUUGCAAUUUCGGCUUCUCCAAGUGACCUGGUCUGCUAAGUCUUCUGCAGGUUUGGGAAAUAGCCCUUGGAUCUAUGAAAAGAAAGCUGCAUUUGUAUCCAUGGGCUUAUAUCUUGUGGGGGGUUUGGUUUCUUGCUUUUUCCAUUGGAAGGCAUCUUCGACUCAAGUGGUGGGACCUCGAUGGAGAAUGACAAUCCAUCGUUCUAUUUGGGAGGAUCUCAGAUCCUACUCGGGUUUGGUUCUUGAUGGCUUUCUUUUGCCUCAGGUCAUUCUAAAUUUUAUCUGGGACACUAAGGAGAGGGCUCUCUCUCCUUGGUUCUUUAUUGGAACCACCCUAGUCAGAUGUUUCCCUCAUGUAUAUGAUGCAUAUCGAGCAGUUCGGUAUGUGUAUCAGUCUUCUAAUUCCUACUUUUAUGCCAAUCCCUAUAAUGAUUUCUAUUCCACUGCAUGGGAUAUUGUGAUUCCUCUUGGUGGUUGUCUGCUUGCAAUCCUCGUCUUUUUGCAGCAAAGGUUUGGGGGUAGGUUCUUUCUCCCUCAAAGAUUCCGGAACCAUGUUGACUAUCAAAAGGUUUCUACAGUUGGGACAUGAGGCUUUGCUAGAAAGGGGCAUUUAUGGUGGUUUUUCCACCUUUCAAAAUUGGGACACACCUGAGCAGGAAACCUUCAUGGAAUGAUAAUGUUCAAUGGUUUUUAUUUGGGUUGGAUGUUUUUUUAACAUAAUGUGCUAUGAUUGAUGGGCUCUGAUAGGAAAUUUGAAGUUCUCUUCUAUAUAUUCUGCAUGUAAAAAUUUUGAUAUUUGAUGGGAUAGAUUAUAAAACGGUUUAGUUGU